UCACAUCCAUGCAUUUGAUAAGCAGAAAGCACAACUUAAACUGCUCUGGAAACUAAGAACAGAGGUGCAGAGGCCAGCAUUGUGUCGAAAAUGAAGGUAUCCCACAUUGAGACCGGAGAAUCUUCCAAGACUCCAGCUCCGGCAGCUGGAAUUAACAGAGGUAUGGCGAUCCUCGAUGUCAUUCUCAGAAUUGUUGCAGUUGCUUCGACGCUAGCAAGUGCUGUGGUCAUGGCAACUAGUGACCAGCAGCUCCAGUUCUUCACUCAAGUCGCGGUCUUCAAUGUAGAAUACGAGGAUUUUUCCACUCUCAGGUACUUCGUGGUGAUAAAUUCGAUAGCAUGUGCAUAUUUCGCGCUCUCUAUUCCACUCGCAAUCUUGAACAUUGCCAGGAGUGCAGCAAAACAGAGUAGAGCUCUCUUGAUCAUUAUGGACAUGGUAACACUGGCGUUGCUCAUGUCUGCAGCAUCCGCAGCAGCUGCAAUACUGUUUCUGGCGCAUAAUGGGAAUAAUUCGGCUAACUGGAACUCCAUCUGCAACCAGUUCACUGAUUUUUGCCAUCGAGCUUCGGGUUCCUUAAUUGGCUCGUUCAUUGCCAUUGUCAUUCUCAUACUCCUCAUUUUCAUGUCCACCGCGGCAUUGGCACGAAACUAGUGCCUCAAAAUUUGCUGCGGGAUGUUUGUGCAUUAAACUCUUUGUUAGUAGAUGGCACUGUAUUUACUUUUUUAGAGUUAUGUUUGAAUCAAGCAAGGCCAUUUUUGGCAUGCAAGUGAAUCUGUUUGUUGUUUGUGAAUAUUAUACAGAAGAGAUAUUGGCCCAAGAAUUGUUACUAAA